CGUCGUUAGUCCAGCUGUUGAGGAGGAAAUGGCGGCCGCGGCGAUGGCAGGAGCUGUGGCGGAUCUUCCGCACGUCACGGAGGCCAAAAAGAUAGAGUAUUUCUCCUCCAUCAACUCAAUGGCCCGUAAGAUUAUGGAGGAGAGGGAGAAGAUAAAGGACAAGUUCGGUUCGGAUUGGGAUCAGAUGAGCCCGGUCGAACAGGACACGGCGAUAGACAACGGAAUGAUGGACCCGCGGAUCCGGGCUCGGUACGCCAUGCACCGGGUGGACCGAGACGAGGUGAUCUGCUACCCGAAACUCCUCAUCCAGACCGGGCAGAAGAUCGUACACUUUGGAGAAGAGGAUUUAACUUGGCAAGAUGAGCACUCGGCUCCCUUCUCAUGGGAGACCAAGAGUCAGAUGGACUUCAGUGUGAUCUCCAGCACAACAGAACCGGCCGGUCCCUCCUCCGUGAGCGAAUCCAAACCCAAGACCUCUCAGAGUGGCAAACUGCCCAGCAACGACGAGUCCUCCUUCUGGAAGAUCAGCGCUGAGCGCUCCAGGCUAGAAGGCGAGAAGGCCGAGUUUCAGUCUCUGACGCCCAGCCAGAUCAAGUCUCUGGAGAAAGGGGAGAAGCCUUUACCCUCGUACCUGAGGCCCGAGUCUGGGCCGAGGGAGUCGGAGGAAGCGCCCGCCCCGCGGCCGGUUAAACAGAGAGCCCCCAAACCUCAUGUUCCUCCUCCACCCGUUCCCAUCAGCGUGACUCCUGUGGCGAUCAGCGUGACCCCAACACCUCCGGCCCCCGUGUCCUCGUCGCAGGAAGGGUGGGAAAGGGCCCAGAGCACGCUUCCUUCUGUAAGCAGCACUACGGAUGAUGUGUUCAGUCCUGGUCUGGUCACCAGGUCUUCCUCUCAGUCCAACAGCACAGUCAAAGAUCAAGCCUCGCCCGCAGCCAGUCCUACAUUCGCACAGUUCAACACCAGCAGCAAUAUCCUGAAGACUGGAUUUGAUUUCUUGGAUAACUGGUAAUUCCUGAAGAACCCAUUCUAGAUCACAGUCCCUAAACAAGCACCAUAAACACUACAGGACACUUUCCUUUUAAAUCCAUAUGCUUCAGUUAUAGUGCAUCAAUAUCUCUACAAUUGUAUUCAAAUCUUCAUCUGACCUCAUCUCACCGGUUAGAAGUUACUGAAUGCAUGAGCUAUGAUACAUCGGCUAGGAUUUUAAAUCUUCUAUCCUUGAUUCUUAUGUCGUUUUUCACACUUGGUACAUUUUCCUGAGUCCGAACCCAAUUGAACUUCCCUGUUGGUUGGCUUUCUCAUUGUUAUGUUGUUCUGAACUGUGGUACGUUUGCACAAAUGUUCCCCAUUAACAUUAGAACCACCAAAAGCUGUUAAUAAUUGCAGCCAGGAAACAAAGUUGGAAAUCUUAAAGAGAUAGUUCAACCAAAAAUGAUGAAUUGAUGUCGUUCCAAAUCCGUUCAGAAAGCUCUCGGGAAUUCAUCGAAAAGAUCUUAAUUAGUUUUCAGGUUUGGAAUGACAUGAGGAUGAGUAAUUAAUGACAGAAUUUUUAUUUUUGGGUGAACCUACCAAACUGGCACUAUCAGUACAAGCCAAUAUUGCAUUCACAUCAACCAUGAGCCAUACUGUGGUUUACAAUCCACCAAAACCACUCUUUAGACUCAAGUUUAUUUCAUUUAUGCGUAGUUUCAGAAGAUGCGUUAAUCAUGAUCAGUCAAAUUCAGAUCUACUCUAAAACCACUAGUGUGAAUGCCACAUCACCGUCACUGCCAUAAAUUUGUAUCUAUAUUUAUCUAGACCUUGAUACUAGUGUUAAGAUGCUUCACACAUGGACCUAAACGAGACACCGUAGCGCUAGCAUGGUUUUGAGAUGACUUGCGCCUUGCUUAUUUUGUAGACUUUUUAUAUGCGUGCAGCUUUCAUUGUAUGAUUUCUGUGUCUCUUUCCUGUAGCCCAGUACACCAGAGAUGACUUAAAAACUUUAAAGCAAUAGUUGAAAUCUCCUUUCCUUUGUUAGGCCCGAAACAUACUCCACACAAGUACGCAAACGUAGUCAACAUUUAACAUGCAUUUUUGCAAUACUUUGGAGGUACCAAACUCCAGUACUCAAGGGGGCGAUAGUGUUACCUUCACCCACCAUUAAAACUGAAUGUGCUGUUAUUCAGGUAGCUAGCUUAAAACAUGUCGACAGUUGAAUAACUUGCAUUUGAUCAUUUAAACGCUUGUUUUUUUUUUUCCCGAACUUGUGAAAUCAAGAUGCUAUAAGCGUUUGCGUUCACAUACUUGCCUGUCGUAUGAUUCAGGGCUUAACUAACUAGGUUUUCAAGGGUAGGAAUAAUUUUUGGAGCUUUGUUGCGUGAUGUUUUCUCUUGGAUACGAAAUACGUGGCCUGGAGCCAGUGUUUAUGCAUUCAUAUCUGUAAUGCAAAAUGACUACAAUAAAAGAAUGACUCUCUCA